AUGAAGUCCAUGAUAUUCUUGUUCUUAAUGUCGCUGCUUUUGAUGGCUAACUUGAGUUAUGCCACGAAUAGAAAGAUGUUGGCCAUUGAAGAAAACUCCAACAACAAAUUGUUGGGAGAGAUAGCAAGCAAGGGAAACGUGAAGGUCGCAGCGACAGAAAAUUCGGCAGAUAGCGAUGCCCGAGGAGGAGAAAUAGACCUCCAUCCAGGAUGUUCUAUCAUGUCUGUUUGGGAUUUGCCCAGCUGUGAAGUCUUCAUCUUUGAGGAGGCAAUCCAGAUUAUAGUUGUGUUGGAGGUCAGAGCAAGCACUCGACAACGGUGGGAGCCAGCUAUUGGGGUCAUGGUUUUGAAAAGAACAGUGGGCUACAAUGCUUUUGUAAUGACUACAAUUCUUCACGGGUCAAACCCAAAGGCCUUGAUCCUCUUCUGCCACCAGAGUUGGAGAAAAAAUGAUAGCAAUUUGGAGGAUCACUUCCACGGAAAAAAACAAAAAGGGAAACCGGUUGAUCCAGUAGCUGCUGAUCAACCACCCUACCUGCAUGACUCAGCAAAUUACUUGAUAAACCCGAUACCCGAUUGUCAAUCCAAACUUGACUUUAUAUCCAUUACCCAAAACCAACUCCACUUGGAAUUGAUUAGGGCAAAACGUAAUUCAAUUGCUACUCUGGGCUGCGGGUUUUCUAACACAUAA